CAGCAACUGUGGAUACCCACCCUAAGACAGCUAUAAAGGCCCAAUGCGGUGCUAGUAAAUUCAGUUGCAUUUACGUCUCGCACGGGGGACAUCUAAUCCAAGUCUUACAAGAUGGCAACCGUUCUCCACUGGGGUGAUAUUCUCACCAUUGUUGUGUACUUUGUCAUCGUGUUGGCAGUCGGGCUGUGGACCAGUAUCCGUUCACACAAGCAAGACACUGUCCAGGGAUACUUCUUGGCGGGAAAAGACAUGUCAUGGCUACCCGUUGGUGCGUCCAUAUUUGCCACAAAUGUUGGGAGUCACUUUUUCAUAGGAAUGGCAGGGACAGCAGCUGCCAGUGGGAUUGCAGUAAUAAUGUUUGAAUGGACGGCGAUCUUUCCGCUUCUUCUACUAGGAUGGUUUUUCUUACCUGUGUACAUAUCUUCCGGCUGCUACACCAUGCCCGAAUAUUUGCGGAAAAGAUAUGGCGGAGAGAGACUGCGUAUUUUAUUAUCCGUGAUGUCCAUUUUUCUCAUGAUCGUGACCAAAAUAUCAGUAGCAGUUUACUCUGGUGCCGUAUUCAUCCAGCAAGCUCUGGGCUGGGACCUGUACAUAGCCACCAUCAGCGUGGUGCUGAUCACUGCGGUCUACACUGUACUGGGAGGCCUGUCUGCCGUCAUAUACACAGACGCUGUUCAGACUGUUAUUUUGGUAGGGGGUGCUUUGGUCAUGACGGGCAUUGGCUUUGAUAAAGUCGGAGGAUUUGAAGGCUUAUUCGCCAAAUUCCUGGACGCCGCCCCCAACGUGACCACGUGCGCCGGUAACGUCACUGCCGGCUACCCGCCACCGGAUUCUCUCCGCAUCUUCCGAGCCCCGGAUUCUGCCAUAUUGCCGUGGCCGGGGGUGGUGUUUGGUAUUAUGGCUCCUGCUGUCCUGGUCUGGUGUAAUGAACAGAUAAUUGUCCAAAGAGUUCUUGCCGCUAAGAACCUUCACCACGCCAAGGGAGGCACCAUUCUAGCCGGCUACCUGAAGCUGCUCCCGUUCAUCAUCAUUGUGUUGCCGGGGAUGGUGAGCAGGGUGCUCUUCCCUGAUGAGGUCGGUUGUGUGGACCCAGACAUAUGUGAGAAAGUUUGUCAGAAUAGAGUGGGCUGCUAUAACAUAGCCUAUCCCAAGAUGGUGGUGGAAAUAUUGCCAGUCGGACUUCGAGGGCUAAUGCUGGCCGUCAUGUUGUCGGCGCUGACCACGACGCUGACCUCUAUAUUUAACAGCGCCAGCAGCAUCUUUACCCUGGAUCUGUGGACCAAACUCAGAAAACGAGCAACAGAGACAGAGAAAAUGAUUGUAGGAAGGGUGUUUAUCCUGGUUCUGGUAGUUGUGAGUAUAGCGUGGGUUCCUAUCCUGAAUGCCGUCCAGGGAGGACAGCUGUGGAACUACCUGCAGUCUAUAUACGCGAAUAUAGCGCCGCCCUGGUGUAUGGUCUACGUACUAGGAGUGUCAUGGACACGAACCACGGAACAGGGCGCCUUCUGGGGCCUCCUUGUCGGGACAGCAGUGGGUCUAACCAGGAUGGUAAUGGACUGGUCCUUUCCCAAACCCGGAUGUGGCGAGGUCGACCUCAGACCGGCCGUGCUCGCUGACGUGCACUACCUUUACUUCUCCAUCAUCAACUCGGUUAUCUCCGCUGUCGCAAUUGCCACAAUCAGCAUCCUCACUGAACCCAGAAAGAAAUCGGAGCUUGCUGGGGUCACGUGGUUUACUCGCCAUGAAAAGCUGCAGACCAGUAGUGUGGAGAGGACAGAAGCCACUCAGAAAAUGGAAAUUCAGGAACCUUCAGAUGUAACGGCUGGCGAUAUGGAAUUAGACCACGCCAACCCGACCACUUGGAAGCAGAAAUGUUUCAACUUUGUGUGUGGAGCAUCGACCAAAGUGCGUCGUCUCACUCCGGAACAGGAAGCGUUACAGUUGGAGAGACUCACGUCCAUUAAGGAGAUUCCGAAAUGGCAGAAGAUUCUAAAUAUAAACGCAGUAAUUUUGAUGACAGUGACUGUAUACUUAAUUGGAUUUUUCAGCUAAAACUACAUGUUAACAAUAUCCUUAAC